UUUAAAAAAUUUUUAUUUAAAUGUUUAUUUAUUUUUGAGACAGAGACAGAGCAUGAACAGGGGAGGGUCGGAGAGAGGGAGACACAGAAUCUGAAACAGACUCCAGGCUCCGAGCUGUCAGCACAGAGCCUGUCACGGGGCUCGAACUCACGGACCGCGAGAUCAUGACCUGGGCUGAAGUCGGACGCUCAACCGACUGAGCCACCCAGGCGCCCCACAUUUUUUAUUAUAUUUUUGAAAACUGUCGAUGGCUUUUACAGUAUGGAAACUCAACAGUUAAACUUAAUUUUGCUUCCUUUAUAUCAAGCCUGACUUUUAUAUUUUUUUAAAUCACACUCAUUUAAAGGCCUUCUUGGGAAAACAUCCAAGCUUUCACUCAGGCAGUGGAUGAGUUCCCCAUGGCAAUAACUUGCUGUCUAGGAUAAAGAAGUCUGAAGAGGAAUUUUAGCAGCAUUCAUUUAGCAGCAUUCAGAUGUGAGGAAACACGCCAGAGAAGAGACAAAUAAAACUCCAGGGCCAGGUAUUACAGUGAUUUGGGAUUAAAUUGAAUGAUAGUAAUAGUGGUUUGCGUUGCUAAAGAUUCAAAGGAGACCAUUGUCAUUCAAAAUUAAGGUGUGUUUAAUGAAAGGACAAUCAUGCUUCUUUUCAGGUGGAUCUGGGAAGGUCCCUAGUGUGUGGGGGUUGGCCUAGACAAAUAGUUUAGGAGAGGUAAACCUAGUUGCAAGGCAUAGAACAAAAGGCUGACGUUUGGUUUUUGCGGUCAGCUUUUGUGGUCUUUCAUCAAUAUAUAAAAAGCACUCUGAUACAAUUCGUAAAACAAAGUUACAGCGCGAGAUGAAUAUGCUCAUCUUUAAAAGAAAAAUAUAAUGAAAUCUCAAAAAAGUUUUUGGGGGCACCAGGGACUUAGUUGGUUCAGCAUCUGACUCUUGAUUUUGGCUUAGGUUAUAUUCUUACGAUUCCGUGAGUUUUACUCCCGCAUCAGGCUCUGCACUGACAAUGUGGAGCCUGCUUGGGAUUCUCUCUCUCCCUCCUCUCCUCCCCUGCUUAUGUGCGCAUGCCCUCUCUCUCUCUCUCUCUCUUUCUCUCUCUCUCAAAAUAAAUAAACUUCAGGGAAAAAAAAAAGAGAUGAUGGUGAUGGUGUGCGGUAGGGCACGUAAGUUACCAAGAAUGACUUACGUUGUGGUUUGGGAGGAGGCAGACAAAGCUGGAGGUCUUGUCCCUCUUUCUAAGAACAUAUGGAAACUCUAGGCAGCAGCUUAUGUUGUACCAGUUUCUCUGAGAUUAAGUCACAAUAUAAAUACUGGAAGUUGUGUAUGACCAAAAGUCUAAUCAUGUCUUUUCCCUCAGAAACCUUCAUGCUUUGACAUUUGGGCUUCUCCAUAAUCUGGCACUUGCUGGUCUUCCUACACUUAAUUCCUGCUACCCUGUCCUCUAGCUAAACAGUUGUUAACUUUACCUAGUAGAACAUAAGCUUCUUGGGGGUUUUAUGUAUCACCUGCUUGGACCUCACAGUGCCUUCCUUGCUCUUAAUAAGAGCUCAGUAGUGUCAUAUUUAUGAGGUUGGUUUCAAGAGUUCUGUCUUUGGCUGGUACUGACAGAGGUGUCCUCAUUAUGUCAAUUACUUGAGCCCGGGAGCGUGGGAGGCUUGGCGGGGCGGGAGGGCCCAGUCUUGCUUUGGGAGAGGAGUUCACACCAUGGCAUCCCUGUGAUUGAAUGGCGGGGAAGCACCUGAGGAGCUGAGGACCGAAGGAUCCUUGGCUGGGACAGGAUACACUGGUGAGGCAGAAAGCCUUUACGAGGGUUUUUGCAUGUAGGGGCAGCUAGGACAGCUAAGUCAUGGGCUCGUAUUCAGAGAGUUCCCUGCAAGAUCCCCAAUGGGGCCCUUGGAUGGAGGGGUAUGUGGGCACGCGUGACCUUGGAUGAAAACAAACACAAUGUGUCAGCCAUCUGUAAGCAGAUCCUAAGGGAAGAAGAGCCGGCGUCAUUUAACUCUUGUGCUGUUGUUGGUGAUGGUGAUAAUGAUGAUCGUGCUGACAAUUAAAAAGAUCAUUGUUUUCCUUCUUUUAGUCACAUAGAAAAAAUCACCACGUGGCAAGACCCUAGGAAGGCGAUGAAUCAGUCCCUGAAUCCGAUGAACCUCCACCCUGCUGCCACUCCCACCCCAGCACCCCAGAGGUCCAUGGCUGUGUCUCAGCCAAAUCUCGUGAUGAAUCACCAGCACCAACAGCAAAUGGCAUCCACUACCCUGAGCCAGCAGAACCACCCUACUCAGAAUCCACCAGCAGGGCUCAUGAGCAUGCCCAAUGCAUUGACCACUCAACAGCAGCAGCAGCAGAAGCUUCGGCUUCAGAGGAUCCAGAUGGAGAGAGAGAGGAUUAGAAUGCGCCAAGAGGAGCUCAUGAGGCAGGAAGCCGCCCUCUGUAGACAGCUCCCUAUGGAAGCCGAGACUCUAGUCACUGUUCAGCCUGCUGUCAACCCGCCAGCCAUGACCCCAGACAUGAGAUCCAUCACUAAUAAUAGCUCAGAUCCUUUCCUCAAUGGAGGCCCCUAUCAUUCGAGGGAGCAGAGCACCGACAGUGGCCUUGGGUUAGGGUGCUACAGUGUCCCGACGACCCCAGAGGACUUCCUCAGCAAUGUGGACGAGAUGGACACAGGAGAAAACGCAGGACAGACACCCAUGAACAUCAAUCCUCAGCAGACCCGUUUCCCCGAUUUUCUUGAUUGUCUUCCGGGAACAAACGUUGACCUAGGAACUUUGGAAUCUGAAGAUCUGAUCCCCCUCUUCAAUGAUGUAGAGUCUGCUCUCAACAAAAGCGAGCCCUUUCUAACCUGGCUGUAAUCAGUACCAUUGUAACUUGGAUGCAGCCGUGACCCGACAUUUCCUGGGCCUCUUGGAAAAAGCAAUGGAGCAGAGUAAGUCUGCAGGUAUACCACUUUCUGCCUCCAUGACUCAAUGCUCCCUCCCUCCUUUCCAUGUGGCCAGUUUAAUCAUCGCCUGGAUUUGACAGUAACUCAAGUGAAACAUAAAUAAAUAAAUACUCUAUUUUCAUUUUCUGCAGGCCCGAAUUCCUGUGAAUCCGGGGCUGUGCAGAAUUGUUUCUGCAGAAUUGAUUACACAGAAUUGCUUCUCUGUUUUUCUAUCUGCUGCCCCAUGACUAAGCUUUAGGGGUGUUAGUUGAAAUUUAUAUGUCAAUUGAUUAUAAGCCGCAGAAAGCUGACCACAGGCAGUGACUUGUGACAGGCGGCUCGGUCCAGGAAAUGUACAUGAAAUUAAACCCGAUUUACAGUUUCAAAAACUGUAUUGAUGACAGUAGUACCAAAUGCUUUAAAAAAUUAUUUAACUUGAGCUUUAAAAAUCAUUGUAUUGAUAGUAGAUCUCUGCUGUAUGGAAUACAAUGUAGUUUUGAAUCCAUGCUGGUCCUGAUGGUUCUUUUACUCUGUAUUUGCAAAGGCACACAUGAUCUUUUGUACUUUGUCCUUUAUCAUUACUCUACUGCGUAGCGUCUAGACAACUUGUCCUUCUAGCAGGAGAGGAGCAGGAACGUGAGACCAGUUUGGUACUAAUGAUGAGCAUUUAUUAAACAAAACUUUUUUUAAAUUACAGGUUGGAUUUUUUUUAAUUGCAGCUUAGAAUUUGAUGUUUCUUUUAUACAGCACAAUCAUUUUGUAGCCGACGACAAAGGGCAGCCAAACGUUUUUGAUAAAUCAGUGGCAACUGUAUUUUUGUCUUUUGAAAAGCUGUUCUGAAGACAUCAGGACAACAUACAGAGCUUUCAAACUGAUGGCACACACAGGAAACUGUUGCUUUUCAAAUUCUGAAGGCUUAUCAGUUUUGCUUUCAAGAUUUCAAGUGUUUAAAUAAUCUUAUCUAUGAAACUGUUUGAAGGAUGAAGCAGAUCUCUGACUGACGUGUAAAAAAAAAAAUGCCCUCUGAGGGUGUAUGGUGGAGACGUAUGUUUCUGAAUUCAGUAAAAUUGAUUCCUAAGUAUGUUAUCCUAACCCUGUUUGCUACAGUUGGUAUAAAAAGGCAUGAAAUACGUACUCAAUACCUCUUAUGUAACCAAAAACAUUUUUUAUUAGCUUUUAAGGACUGAGAGAGAGCAUCAGGUUCAGCCGGCACGUACCUCUGCCUGCAUUGCUGAUGAAGUCCUCGAUUGUUUAAUGUUUUGAACUGACAUUAUUUAUAAUCUAUGAAUUUAAUAUCUUUUUUGAAAGACAUUAAUAAUUCAGGUCUCUGAGAGGAACCUUCAAUUCCCACGGGGGCUUAUCUAUUGGGGAUCUUCCAUAAGAUCCUUUCCAAUCUACCAGAAUACAGACAGGCAGAAUACAUUUUAUCUUGUUGGAAAGAAGGCAAGUGAAAAGGUCAGAGAUGAAGUAGUAAAGUCACGGUAUAUAGUGGAAAGGACUAGAUGUGAAAUGGACAUUGACAAGUGAUGAUACCCCAGAAGCAAGACAAGCAGGAGGUCAGAGAGGUGCCCCGAACGAACAAAGCAACAAUUUUCUACUACAACUUUCAUACCAGUAGACUCUGUUGUAGGAGAAAAGGCUUUGGUGCACUUUAUGUGGAAGAAGGAGGGGAAGGGCUGGUGUUGCCCUGUCCACGAUGCUGAGCGUGUCUGUGGACAAGAGCAUAACGCCCGCUGUUGCUUCCGACACAAUGAAGUGAUUUCUUUUCCCCGAAGGACCCAUGGUUUAUGUUCUUCUGAUUCCUUCUCUCUCUAAGCGCUCUGAGAGAGACGGGGGUAGAUGUUUAUGUUGCUACUAAAUUGAAGGGAGCACUAUUUCUCUUUCUCUUUUGUGAGCAGUAAGAGUUGUACAUUCUUUCUAAGAAAAACAAAAAACAAGGGACCUAACGAAACUGAGCAGUGUUACUGUAUUUUUUAAAAAUAUUUUUAUAGACUCAUUUUCAGUUUAUUAAGUGUAAAAGAAACAGAUAUCCCUCUUUUUUAAAGUAGUUAAAACAUCGAUGAUUUGUAUUAUCAAUUUUUAGAAGUAAUUUCCUAGUAAGCUUGUGGCAUUAGAAACUACUAGAAGAAUUUUUCUUUAGUGAAAUUAGUUGGAACAUUUAUUAAUGAACAUAACAAAUAUUUUUCCAGAAUUAAAUAUGAACCGUGACUGUGUGUUUACUUAAUAGACAAAGCCAGAUGUAAUUUUUUGUUUUGUUUUUAAGGCCAUAAAAUAUGGCCUUUGUUAAAGAACACUAAAGCUAGAAAUCUAAACGUAAGAACAACUUUUUAAAGGGUAUUUCCUAUUAUUGUAAGUGUUAAAAUCCCUGCAGAAUUCAUGACAAGGUGCUAUUUAUAUUUCUUAUCAUAAAAGAAUGCCAGGAUGUCUAGUCUUUUUAGUCCUAAAUCAGCAAAUUUCAACAUUUCAUCCAAUACCUGUGCCACAGAAAAGGCAUAUUAACAAUUGAAAUGGAAAAAUAAUUUCAGAGAUCUUUCUUUCCAGGUAUUUUUUUUUUCCUGAUAAAACACGUUUUCUUGAGGUAAAUACAUUGUCAAAACCUAUUUGCAAUUCUACUAAAUCUAACUAAUUGUUAGUGUUUCCCCAUAGUAUUCAGGAUGUGAAAGGCCCUUUCUUUCACUGAUCGCCACAUCAGGGAGGCAGGUUAAACAGAGUGGGACAUUCAGUGUGUGGGGUGGGUGCUGUUGACCCCAGCGUGGUAGAAAAGCUCUCUGUAGAAGGUGAGAGAAGUGUUGCUAAUUAUAAGUUGUGUUCUCAUGACAUAGUUAGACAGUAACUUCUGAAAGUACAACUUUUCUGAAGAAAAAAAAAUAAGCUGUUAAAAAAGGAAAUUGUAGAUUAAUUUCACUGGGAAAAUAGGCGAUUGACAGAGACCGUUUCCCUAAAACACUACAUCAUUUAUGUGCUAGUACUUUUAACUUUUUUUUUUUUAAGAAAAUUUACUUCUACAUUUUGUAAUACGACAUAUGUGUGUUUAUUUUUAAUUUAGAAUGCUGUGCGUACAGAAGGUAUGCAGCCAAAUCAAUCAUAUCAAACCAUUUUACCUGGAGUUUGGUACUGGUUUUUACUUCUCUGAUUCUGUAUAAGAAAAAUAAAUACAACUCAAUUUCCA